AUGAUGUACUUCAGUAACAUCAACGACAUCACAAACACACACGAAGAUGCUCCCAUCACCUUUCCAUGUGUUGUCAAAGUGAGUUGCACGAACGCUGGAUUCGGAAAGUCUCUUAUAAAGUCUGCGAGUGAAUUAGAUGACCUUAUCUCUAUUCUUUCGCUUGGAAAUGAUUAUUACACAAUCGAGCCAUAUCUCGACGUGGACUAUGAAGUACGAAUUCAGCGCAUUGGGAAGUAUACCCGCACCUUCAAAAGGCAGUCUACAACUUCUUGGAAGAACAAUUGGGGUCAAUUGAAGUACGAAGACACUCCACUGAAGAGUGAAUACGUUCAUUGGUGUGAUGAAUGUCAAAAAGUGUUUGAUAUAGAACUCUUUGCUGUUGAUGUCUUAGUACUUAAAGAUGGCAGAGAAGUCGUUAUUGAGACAAAUAACACUGCCAAUGGUUUAAUGUGGGAACAUGAAGAGGAAGACAGAACUAAGAUUAAAGAAGUAGUCUUAGAGAAGAUGAACCAAGUGUUUCAUUAA